AAGCCGUUUGGACACACACUUCCUCAUCCGAAGCUAAACCACACUUCGAGUAAAAUGUACGCCUGCUGCGUGCUGGGUUGUACAAAUAGCCGUUCUAUCGCUGGCAAACUGAAAUUUUACAGACUACCAACCGCAUACCGACCGUUUCAGGCCAACCGGCGGUGUUUGUGGGUAGAAGUGCUCCAGAAAGUGAAUGGCAGCGCGGAGGAGCUCAAAGAAAAUGCUCGCAUUUGUGGCGCUCAUUUCAUAUCAGGACAACCGUCCAUGGAUCAGGACAAUCCCGACUUUGUGCCUUCUGUGUUUACAAACGUGAAGAACAGCCCGCGCCCCACGAACCCAAGCAGAAGGAUUUUCAAAGGACGUAGAAAACGCCACUGGGGUCACCGAAAAAACGACAAGUCAGAGGGAACGCCGACCAAAGAUGUUGCGUUCUCGGUGCAGCAGCCUUCAAUGGAAACUGCUGAACGUGAACCUUCACAAGAGAUGCAGACCACAGCUUGUGCAAUGGCAGAAGAAACUAAGCGUGACACUGAAAUGAAAGAAACCCCGUCCACUCCUUUUGACAAAACGCCGUCACCCUUAGUGACCGCGGGUAAAAUCAGUCCUGUGGUGCUCCUUAAGCACAUCGUUGCUCCAUCAGGCGCUUAUAUGUGUGAGUUGUGCAAUGAAAGCUUCUCUACGGUCGGACAGCUUGUCCAACAUAAAUAUCAGCAUGAAAGACAAAGGUCUCCUAGUGAUGAAGGUCAGGAUAAGAUCCCUGUCUGUGUUUUUGCGGAACGAGAAGAGCCUUCCUUUCCAUGCAACAUAUGCGAUCGAACUUUCACCGAUCGCCAUAGUUUGAAGCGCCACAAACUGCUCCAUGUGAAAGACGGCAGGAAGUGCCAGAGGUGCGGCGUGCUGUUCUGUCGGCUUCACAAACGCACGCUGUUGGUGGCUCAGCCGGUGCCCGCAAGCGUCUCGAGCGACUCAGGCGAGUGCGACGAAGUUUGUCCUGUCAUCGAAUCGCGGUAUGUGCUUGAACCGGGCGAGGUUGUGGAGCCUGUUGAAGACUUCGACACUUCUUGGAAAUUUAUCCCCCUGCUAAAACACUCUAUUCGUAAAGUCAGUGAAGCCCAAGCACCGGCCUCAGACACGGAACUGGAAAUAGUGCCUGAAACGCCACCACCGCCUCUCUCUCUUCCCAUUUGUCCAGAAGCCAAUCCCUCUGAAAACACAGCUCCCAAACCACAAAAAGUGGACAACUCUGAAUCCCUCCCACGACCUUGUCUCUAUCCACACCCAAAGCUUCCCCCGGCACUACGGAUGUUUUCUCAUCAGUGCCUCACCUCAGCAUUUUUCGAGGUUCAAAGAAACUACGAAUAUAUUUUUAGCAAGGGAACGGAUGUCCCAAGUGAGAGCGCUGUCAAAAAGGAGCCACCUGAGACAGUGGCGGAUCUCCCUCCAGAUGUGCCAAACGAUGAGCCGCAAGUAAAGGAACCAACUGCUUUUGACAUGCAGAUUGUGCUCUAAACCUAAACCUUUCCAAACUGAAAUCGGAAACUGAAAUAUCUUUGGCAAAUGUCACAAUCCACUGCUGUUAUAUUUUAAAGCUGCUACUUGUUGAAAUUUUGACCGACUGCCGAUUUGUAACCACUUGGUCAAAUCAUUCUGCCUGUAUGAACAAAGACUAUAUUUACCCCUUGGUAAUACAAGGCAUUAACCAGUUCUAAUAAAUCAUUGUGA